ACUCUAGUUGGUGUUAAGUAUAAACAAUUGAUGUAGUUAUUGUUCGUGUACGUGUUCGAGUACCAUAGUGUCCGUUUAAAAUGCCACGAACGCGCCAACGGCAAUCACUCAAUGGCUCGCACGCCGAAGACCUCAACGACAGCGUCACCAUGUCUCGCGACAACUUUACCGCACUGCUGACGACUAUCCAGCAGUCCAACGCGGAUAUGUGCGAGCGCAUGCUGCAACGCCUGUCCGCGACGGCGUCCACCCCGACCGCAUCACCGGCACCAACGCCGAGCGCGGCAGAGAGGACCGGCAACUUCGCUCGAUGCACGUCGAGAUUCUCCGGAUCGGCGAAGGAAAACGUGGAAACGUUCAUCGACGCCAUUGAGGCAUAUAAAGAGUGCACCAAUAUUUAUGACGAUGUGGCCAUAAAAGGCAUGUCCAUGCUGCUGACAGACGACGCAGCGACCUGGUGGCAGAGCAUUCGUUCCGAAGUUUCGUCGUGGAAUGACGUAAUAAAAUACCUACGCGACGCAUACGGAGAUCGCCGCCCCGAGUACAAAAUAUACCGAGAAUUGUUUAGAAUCGAACAGGCCGAGGAUGUUCGAACAGACAUUUUCAUAGCGAAGAGCCGAGCGCUGUUAUCGCGCCUACCAGCGGGCGACCUAUCAUUGAAGGUGCAGCUCGAUAUGGUUUACGGCCUACUUCAUCGCAAAAUUCGAAAACGCUUACGUCGCGAAGAGUUUAAUAAUUUCUCUGAACUUCUGAAUAAAUCGAGAAUUAUCGAAGAAACUAUCGCCGAGUCAACAAAGAGCGAAGCGCUCUACUCCGCACCACCGAAAAACACUGCGGCCAAACAGCCCGCAAUGUACAGCAAUGCACGCGCCGAGCCGCACGGAGCACCCGCAGCGCGACGCAACGACGGCGGCGGAGGCCCGCUUCAAGCGCCCGCGCGCCCUCUCCCCGCGCGCCCGCGCUCCCCUCGCGACGAGACAGCGCCGACGCCGCGCGAGCCGCGCGCGCCGCGCCCUCCGCCCGAGCGAGCGCCCGCCUCCACAACACGUCAGGAGCAGACGCAUACGUCAUCACCGGCGUCAUCGAGACCUGCAUCGCGACCAUUCUGCGUGUCCUGCAGAAGAUUCGGACACCGAAAGGAACAGUGCCGUAAGUCAACAGGGUCAGCUGCUCAGACUAAUAAUAAUCCGGUGUCGUGUUAUCAGUGCGGUACACAAAAUGUGACUCGUGAAAACUGUAAACAAUGCAACAACGAACAAAGUUUUUUUAGCAUUGCCCCGCGAUGUGUUUCUUAUUCUAAAUCAACGCAACAGUCGAAUCAUAAUAUAAGUAAUAAGAGUUACGUUGCAAAUUGUAUAGAGUCGACGUCGCAUUCGAACAUAUUUUCUAAUAAUAAUUGUGUUCAACAGAAUAGCGGGUCAUGUGAUAGUCCGCGCAUAAACGAGCAACCAUCUAAACAAAAAUUAGAUUCGCGUUAUUUACGUAAACAAAAUAGUACGUGCUCAACUAAUAACUUAAAACUAAAUAAAGAGUUUGCGGACGUUCACUUGACCAGCAACGUGGUGAAAUGUUACCACGAAUAUGUUACGAAGAAUAAUAGCAAGGAUAACACGAUUAUUGAUAACGCUCAUUGUGAAUUAGGGUGCAAGCGCCAAUUAUCUACCAUUGUACCGAAAAACAUUUUAUGUUGCGAUGACGCCGACGACGACUAUUCUUCGCAUUAUUUUAAUAUGUGUAAUGACGCCCGCGAUAUAGAGGGGUGUAACCAAUAUGCUUGUAAUUUGUUUAGUGAUUCUUUUUGUUCUUGCAAUUGUUUUAAGCAUAAGUUAGAUAUUAAGGUGUGUAGUGACACAAUAUAUUGUGAUGAGAGCACGCGCGCCGGGGACGGUAACCAUGAUAAACUCGGGGUAGUUUCGCGACCUAUUUUUAAUAUAAAAAUAUUAGGCGCGUCGGGAACCGCGUUAGUUGAUACCGGUGCUAAAAAUUGUAUUGCGGGCCACACGCUGCACAUCCUCCUACGUCGCAAGGGUCAUCCGCUUCAACCGGCGCGAAGACGUAUCAAACUCGCUGACGGACACGCGCGCGAGCUUGACGUCCUAAUGACGACUCUGGACGUGCACCUGGAGGGAAAGGUGGUUCAGGCACCCUUCCUCAUCCUUCCGGAUGCACGACAGAAUGAGACAUUACUGGGCAUGGAUUUCCUCUUGGCAGCUUCAUUAAUAAUGGAUUUUGCUAGGAAAUGUUGGUGCUUUUCAGAGACUCGCCACGUGGAGUACCCAAUGCAGUUCGAACCCUCCAUCUUGCCACAGCUUUCCUGUUCCUCCGCGGAUGUACUCCGGGAAGAUGAAGGUACAGUAUUAACCCAACCGGAACGGGACCUGCUGGAGCAGACCUUGGUGGACAAUGGGGACAUCUUCCAGCUAGGGGGAGAGCCUACCCCCUAUGCUGAACAUCGCAUUGAUACUGGUGAGCACCCUCCUAUCUCUGUACCACCGUACCGAUUGACCCCGGCCAAGAAGGAACUUAUGCGUCAAGAAAUCGAGAAGAUGCUCAAGGACGACAUCAUUGAAGAGUGUGAGUCUGCAUGGUGUUCUCCUGCUCUUCUAGUUCCUAAGGCCAAUGGCAGCAUACGCUUCUGUGUAGAUUACAGGCGCUUAAAUGCUGUUACCAAAACCGACCAUUAUCCUAUGCCGUUGAUUGACGAACUAUUACAAUCAACGAAGAGGAAUUGCUAUAUGAGUACCCUGGACCUUAGGUCAGGUUACUGGCAGGUGAGUGUGAAUGAGCAAGAUAGAGAUAAGACCGCUUUCAUCAGCCCACUGGGAACUUUUCGCUUUAAGCGUAUGCCUUUCGGACUGAAGAAUGCGCCAUCGACGUUCCAGAGGCUGAUCGAUCGUCUGCGCUCAUGCUCAUCUCUAGCCAACGUCACCAUCCUGGCCUAUUUGGAUGACCUCCUGAUCAUCUCCGAAGGUUUUCAGCAGCAUCUAGAGGAUCUCCGGUCUGUCUUCAGUCGCCUUCGAGAAUUCAAGUUGCGGGUGAAUCGAGAUAAAUGCGUAUUCGCCAGGGGGAGUGUCCAGUACUUGGGCCAUGUUAUUACCCAACAGGGAAUCUCACCUGACCCUGACAAGGUCAAGGCCGUUCUGGAUAUGCAUGAACCCAACAACUUGAAGCAUCUACGAACCUUCUUGCAGACCUGCUCGUGGUUCCGCAAAUUCAUCCCGAAUUUCUCGGCCGUGGCCGAACCUCUGACUAGAUUAACUAGGAAAAGUCAGACUUGGACCUGGGGUACAACGCAGUCCUCUGCUUUUCACGACCUGAAGCGACUUUUGACUUCAGCUCCAGUGUUAGUUCAGGCAGAUUUCAAUCGCCCUUUUAUCCUCCGCACCGACGCUAGCAAUUAUGCGCUGGGAGCCGUCUUGCUCCAGGGGGAGGAUAAGGAAGAAAGACCCAUCGAAUACGCCAGCCGUCUUUUGACCGCCGCUGAGCGAAAUUAUUCGACCACUGAGCGAGAGGCUCUAGCCGUCGUAUGGGCUGUAGAGCGAUUUCGGUGCUACUUAGACGGACAUCCCGUAAUUAUAGGUAGCGAUCACCAACCCCUCCGUUGGCUUAUGAUGCUCAAAUCCCCUACAGGACGCUUAGUAAGGUGGGCUCUUAAACUUCAGUCAUUCGAUAUUCAGUAUCAGUACACCCCGGGAAAGGCGAAUGUAGUGGCAGACACACUGAGUAGGCCUAUAUGUUCACCAGAUACCCGCGACUCUUGCGGUAUCUGCACAGUGAUUGUCGACAUACCCGCUAGGAGCCCCGAAGAAUUAAGGCGGGAACAGCUUGCCGACCCGGAGAUUCAGAAGAUCCUCACCGAUAUGGAAAGUACCGACGAAGUAGCGUCACGGAGAUGGACAGAACGCGGAUACCUGUUAUCCCUAGGAGUACUUUACCGAUACAACCCUGAUUCGGAUAGUGAGUCUCCUCAGCUCGUCAUUCCUCUCUCCCUUCGUCCUGAGAUCCUCAAGGAGUGCCAUGAUUCCCCCCUAGCGGGACAUUCUGGGAUCGAUCGCACUUACCUCAAGAUCGCUCAGUCUUUCUAUUUCCCUGGGAUGCGGAGGAUCGUUACGGAUUAUGUGAAGGCUUGUGUAGAUUGUCAGCGAUACAAGGCUUCCAAUAACAGGCCCCCCGGACUGCUCCAAACGCCAGUGUUACAGCAACGCAAUGAGGUCUUAGCUGUUGACCUUUUCGGUCCCCUACCUGAAGGUGAAAACGGUGAGAGAUGGAUUCUUCUGGUUGAAGACACCGCUACCAGGUGGGUAGAACUUUUUGCCCUGCAGGAGGCGACUGCUGAAGCUUGCGCACGAGUGCUAACCGAAGAAUACUUCCUUCGGUAUGGUUUACCCCGCAGGGUAACGUCCGAUAACGGCGUACAAUUUGUUGGGGCAGUCAUGCAACAAUGUAUGUUUAUCUUAGGGGUAAAACAAAAUUUUGUACCACUUUACCAUCCAGAGGCAAACCCCGCUGAACGGAAAAACCGCGAUUUAAAGGUGCAGCUCGCCCAACUCGUGGAGAAUGACCAUGGUUCUUGGCCAGCGAAACUACCGGUGAUCCGUUUUGCCCUGAAUAGCGCCGUUUGUAGAACCACCGGUGCUACUCCCGCAUUUCUGAUGUUUGCCAGAGAGAUGAGAUCCCCCACCGAAGCCCGUCAUGAUUUGAGAGCCAUACUCGAUAAAGAGAACUUCCUUCCUCAGAUCACUCCCUACUUAAGGAGCUUUAUUUCUAACCUGGCUGCGGUUCGAGAGCGAGUUGAAGGACAACAAGAUCAAUCCAAGAGGUGUGCUGAUCAAUCACGUAGACCUAGUCCCGAUUAUAAGGUAGGGGACAAAGUAUUAGUCCGGACCCAUGCCCUGAGUCAAGGAAGUAAAGGUCUGACUGCGAAAUUCUUCCCCAAACGGGACGGACCCUACGUGAUCACCAAAAGGGUUAGCCCGACUACCUUUAUUAUCUCGCCAAUAGAAAAUCCGGCCGACAGUCUAGGUAAAUAUCAUACACAAGAUUUAACACCGUUCGUGGACACUGGUACAGGUAAUGCCGUACCACCCAAUCCUGUUCGACCCAAACGACGUCGCGGACGUCCGAAACGCUCGGGCAAUGAGCUAGUCCAGGAGCGAGGACGCUCUCCAGAACUAGAGGGGGAGUAUGUCGCAAAUCGAAUUACCCCGCGCAUUUCCGGACGCCGCCAAACUCGCGUUCCCGCUCGUUUCCUAGAAUAG